AUGCGGACUCUGUUAGUUGGACUACAGUUGGUCAGACGUCCGAUCAGACUUACAAGAAUGAGCCUACAACCACCGAAGCUGUCGACAGUUACUACGACUACUGUUAGCCUUGACACCACUGCCCGCCCAACGCAAUCAACUUCAGUAUCAUCCCGGAAACGUUCUACUAUCAUCUUCCCAGUUAUGGCGGCCAACCUAUCUCAUUCCUCUCUAUCAACUGGCCUCGCGAACGCUUCUGUACCCGAUGAAUUUUUCACGCCCAACAAUCGGACCUCGAGAGCAGUCGCGUGUUCGGUAGAUUCAAGCAUUGUGGCAAUGGAACAGCCUUGCCAGUCGGCUGGACUAAUCUGCUCUUCCUCCUACUUAUUGCCUGCUUAG